UACUGUACCAAAUUAUUACAAAACAGUUUACCAGUAUUUUGAAGUGUAUUGCAACAUUGUAUCAAGUGGAAGGGAGAGGAACAAUGUCGAACGCAGCUGGCCCACCGCCGGCGAAGCGGCCAGUCCACGUUGACGUGAACGACACAGAGAUCGCUGCUGGAAUAUCGAAGGGGAACAUAAACAUCAGCUCAGGCGACACAGUAAAUAUAAGCCAAGACUUUGCAGCGGAUCGGCGGGAUGCUAUGGUGGCGGAAUUUGAGCGCCGACGCAAGGCUCGCCUUGUGACGGUACCAACAGAUGAUGCUGAAGUCAAAGCUCGGUUACGAUCCAUGGGCGAACCGAUCUGCCUAUUCGGUGAAGGUCCUGCUCAUCGGCGUGAUCGUCUAAGGGAACUGCUUGCAGAGCGAGGUGAGACGUUCAACUCAGCAGCAGAACGACAGGCAGAGGAUGAAACGAAAGCCAAGGUGGAACAACAGACUGAAGUCUGGUAUCAUGAGGGGCCUGCUGAGCUUCAGGCAGCCCGUCGAUUCAUCGCAAAUUAUUCUCUACCCAGAGCUAAUCAGCGCCUGAAGCACUCUCGAAUCCAGCAAGCGCGGCCCGAUCCCGAGAAAUACGCCAAGACACAAGAGCUGCACAAGACGCUUCGGUCACUAGUUAGCACAGCAAGUCAGAUCGGUGACGAUCGGCCGCUGUCCUUCUGCCGCUUCUCUCCCGACUCCAAGAUGCUAGCCACAUGUUCAUGGAGUGGACUGUGCAAGUUAUGGUCAGUACCACAGUGUGAGGAGAUUAGAGUGCUUCGAGGGCACAAUACACGGGUUGGGAGCAUUGCAUUUCACCCGCAAGCUACUCUCUCCCUUUCUCCGACCUGCGCCAACAUGGCAUCGUGCGAUGCAGAUGGUGUGGUACGACUUUGGAAUCUGGAAAGUGAUACUCCCAUAGAAAGCAUCGGCGAUCAUGAUCAGCGUGUAGCUCGUGUUGAAUAUCACCCGUCCGGUCGCUUCAUCGCCUCAACAUGUUUCGACAACUCAUGGCGACUGUGGGAUCUUGAGCAUAACAUGGAACUUUUGUUUCAGGAAGGCCACACCGCUCCAGUUUACUCCGUCUCGUUCCAGUGCGACGGCUCUUUGGUGGCAACUGGUGGCAUGGACGCAUGUGGACGUGUGUGGGACUUGAGAACAGGUCGCUGCGUUAUGCUCUGUGAUGGGCACCUCAAAUCAGUAUUGGCCAUUGACUUCUCGCCGAAUGGUUACACGCUUGCCACUGGCAGCGAAGACAACUCUGUCAGUAUCUGGGAUCUACGUAAGAAGGAGUGUGUGUCUAACCUUCCAGCACAUACUAACCUCGUCUCAGGAGUAGUCUAUGAGCCGAAUGAAGGCGGGUACCUUGUCACUUCAUCCUAUGAUAACUUCAUCAAGGUCUGGUCGAGCACAACAUCAGCACCAUUGAAAACACUCGGUGGCCACACAGGACGGGUCAUGUCCGUUGACAUAUCUCCCAAUCGCGAGUUCAUUGCUAGUGUUUCGUAUGACAGAACCUUCAAGCUAUGGUCGCCAGAGUGAUGUUAUCUCCCCUCGUCCUGCUAGCGAAGUGAAGACACUCUUGCUCUUCUAGCUAUUGAGUGGAGCACAUUUCUCUGUGUCUGCUCCUCCGCUUUAUUGCUGUAUCCAAACCAGCCCACUACCUGGUUCCCCUGUUCUACUUUGUACAUAGUGUUCUGUACCCCCUGCCCUGGCCACCCUGUACAUGCUGCUCUGUGUCAGCUGGCUGACACAUUUGCGACCGCCGGUUUUUAUAGUCAUGCUGCUGCUGCCGCUACCCUUGUCCAUGCUCUGUUCCUUACAGUAUGAUAUUUCGUAACGCCAUAUCAGCCCGGUUGCUGUGGCUUUCUCCUUUCUUGUGUUUUUUUCUGCUGUUAUUUUCCUCUCCACAUUGCAUUUGUACAUUGUACUCACUUGACAGGGUGCUGGUUGAGAUUAGUUUGCAUUACCCAUCAUCAUGAUUUUAGAUCUCUACAUGUCAGUCCUGCUUGAGAAAGUGUAGUAUCAUGUGUUCUGACUGGCCUUUUUUUCCUUUUUUUUGCUCAGUUUAUACCUUUCAGAUGUGCUUAGUUUCUGCAUGUUGCCACCAUGUGGAGCGUGUAGUCAUACUGUUUGUGUUUUUAUUUUGGGACAGCUCCAUGUUGCUGUUCAAGGAAGAAAGCUCUUGCACACUCCCAGUUGGUUCCUACUCCGAAUCCGAA